AUGGUUAGAGAUUUUGAGGGAAAAACCAUUGAAGAUUUCGCUUCCUCCAUAGAUUCUGUUGAUAAGGUAGAAAACAUUAGAACAAGGUGCGACCUUCCUUUAGAUCUAGAGGAUAAAGCCCUGUUAAGAAACAAGAGAGCUAAUUCUCUUCCUGAGGGAAGAAUUACUGUGUAUGACCGAUUUAUUCAUCUAGGACUUAGAUUACCCCUCUUCCCUCUGUUUGAGGAGAUUGUGCAGCACUAUAAGACUCCCCUUGCUCGUUUCACCCCAAAUUUAAUAACUUUUGUCUUGGGAUUCAUGAAAAGACGCCUUAGAUCUGGCAUUAAGAAGAUGGUCGAGGCGUCUGGUGGCUCGUCUGAAUGGAAGCCUGACUUCUUGUUUGUAAGGGCACCCAAGAACUAUUGCUUGCUGUGGAACCAUCAAGAGACGGAGGGUCUUGGAGUGAUAAAGGAUGAUUGGACCCAAGAAGACGAUGAUUGCAUCGAGGAGCUUGAUGCAGAUAUGAAGAAAAUCUUAGAAUAUUCUAAGAUGAGGAUGUAUCUGUCACCGCAUCCCUCAAAAAAGAAGAAGGGGAUCGUGAAGACUUGCGAUAAAGUGAAGUCCAAAAAAGCCAGGACGGAUGCACCCCCAAAGGAGACCAUGGCGCCGGUCGAGGAGAUAGUACCCCUUGCUACUGAGACCCUCAAAAAUCCUCCUCCAGAAACUAGGCCAAGUUUUGUGCCCCCUGGAUCAGAGAAAGGCAAGGGCCUUCUCAAGGGAGAGGCGAUUAUCCUUCCCCCUCAACUGUUCGAGGGAGGUCCAUCUGUGGCUGUGCACACCUUUAGCAACCCACCAUCGAUCGAGUGUCCGGUCCUCAAGGAAUUUGCUGCUCAGCUGAAUAAGGCUGACAACCUGAGACUGAUGAAGUCAUUUGCUAGCUUGCACAUCUCGAAAGAGGAGCUGCACCAGUGGUGUGCUGCAUUCAUGUAUAAGAUGCUGUCCAUAGGAGGGAUGGCCGCAGCACUCGAGGAGAUGACAUUAGUUGCCACUAAGUGCGGGGCGCACCGGGUUGGCGUAGCAGGUUUGAAGAGGCUCGAUCAGGACAGACCUAUCAACGCCAAGUGGUUCAAGCAAGUCCUGAUGAAGGACCCGAAGAAGACCAUGCACGAGGCAAUAGUGAAGGUCCUAACAAAGUUGAGCCUCGAGCAACUGCCCCUGUGGGAAGCUCUGACUGGUGCUUUGGCAAAAAUGAGUUCUCCUGCAGAUAUUGCAUCGUUUCCUUGUGACGUACCCACCAUCCUUGCCAGGGGCCCAAGUGAAGAAGAUUCCACACCUGAUGUACCAGAUGAGUACAUGGAUAUUGAGCUCGAGGAUGCUGACAAAGACACUGAGGAGGAUGUUGUUGACACUGACCACUCUGGAGCGCUGAGAAAUGCUGAGGACGCAUCUCAGAACCCUUCCAAGGACCCCUCCUCCUGGCAAUGA